GUGUGUUUUCAUUCGGCUUUCGUCAAUCGAGGUGAUACACAAAAACGUGUUCUUGAAACGAACAACAUUUUUCAUAUCAAGGAAACUUUUUAAGUUAAAUAAAUUAUGUCAUCUACUCGUAUAAAGAAACCUGUUACCCGUCGUGGUAAACGAGCUUUAGAUGAGCGCGAGCCCAAAACAAUAGAAAACCCCAAAAAGACGCUCAUCAUGCAAGGUCGCAAAUGCUCCAACGAAAUUCGCCAAGCAUUGAAAGAUCUUUAUCUAUUCAAAAAACCACUGGCUAGUCUGAUGAGGCGGAACAACGACGUUACGUUGUUUGAAGAUGCAACUCCUUUGGAGCAGUUAGCUAAAUCCAAUGAUUGCCACUUAUUUAUGUUUGGAUCUUCCUCGAAAAAACGACCAAACAAUUUAACACUCGGACGGAUCUACGAUGAGCAGGUGCUGGACAUGGUUGAGUUUGGUAUUAAAGAAUACAAAAGCUUACAAGAUUUUAAUAACGAAAAAAUUUCGGCAUUCGUGAAGCCUAUGAUAAUCUUCAACGGGUAUAAAUGGAAAUUGACUGAAGAGUUGCGUAGAAUCCGAAGUUUGCUGCUAGAUAUUUUUCACAUCGAUAAUGUGGAUUCCAUUCGACUGCAGGGGUUAGAGCACGUACUCAGUUUCACGAUUACCGAGGACCUGGAGAUCUUAAUGCGUUCGUAUCGAGUGAUGCUGAAGAAAAGCGGUCAGCGAACACCACGAAUAGAAUUAGUCGAGAUGGGGCCUCGCAUGGACUUAACGAUUCGCCGCACCAAGAUAGCUUCAGAUGACUUGUAUAAAAAUGCAAUGCGACAACCUGCUAUCCUGAAAGUUGCUAAGCGGAAGAACGUUAGUCGAGAUGAGCUGGGUAACGUUCACGGACGGGUACACGUCGGCAAGCAAGAUAUCAAUAGCAUUCAGACCAGGAAGAUGAAGGGAUUAAAAAAGUCUGCAGACGAAAAAAAAGAAAAUCGUGCCUCUAAGAAGCGUAAACUUAUGAAUAACGAAUCUGAAGGUGAUGGUGCUGAAAAUGAUGAUGAGCACGAAGUUGGUAGUGAAAUAGAUGACAAUAUAUAGUUUUGAGUUAAGAUGAAACCUAUUUCUAUUAUCAUUUAAGUAAUUGAAAAAUAUAUACAUGUUUCGUCAACAUGAA